AUGGGCGCGAAUCUACCUCUGUAUUUGGCCUUGCUGGCAGGCGUUAUCCCCUGGUCAACUGCCUCCUCCCCUCCCCUAAACACUCGAGACGAUGGCGCCUUCUCGCCUCCCUACUACCCAGCUCCUAACGGAGGCUGGCUUUCCGACUGGGCUAGCGCAUACGAGAAGGCGCAGAAGGUCGUCAGUAACAUGACUCUGGCAGAAAAAGUGAACCUCACGACCGGAACCGGCAUGUUCAUGGGCCCCUGUGCGGGCCAAACAGGAAGUGCGCUUCGGUUUGGCAUCCCGAAUCUCUGUCUGCAUGACUCUCCGCUGGGCAUUCGCAACUCGGACCAUAACACGGCUUUCCCUCCUGGUGUUACGGUGGGCGCGACAUUUGACAAGGAGCUCAUGUAUCAGCGCGGCGUUGAACUCGGGGAAGAGGCCCGUGGCAAGGGUGUUAAUGUUCUCUUGGGCCCGGUCGUUGGUCCGACAUUUCGCAAGCCGAGAGGAGGCCGUGGCUGGGAGGGCUUUGGCGCGGAUCCAAGUCUGCAGGCCAUCGGGGGUGCGCUGACGAUUCAGGGCAUGCAGAGCACGGGGGCGAUCGCGUGUCUCAAGCAUUUUAUCGGUAAUGAGCAGGAAAUGCAUCGCAUGAGCAGUGUUAUUACGCAGGGGUAUUCUUCGAAUAUUGAUGAUCGGACUCUUCAUGAACUCUACUUGUGGCCGUUUGCGGAGGGCGUUCGUGCUGGGACUGGGUCGGUGAUGAUGGCUUAUAAUGAUGUCAACCGUUCAGCGUGUAGCCAGAACAGUAUGCUCAUUAAUGGCAUCCUCAAGGAUGAACUCGGCUUUCAAGGCUUCGUUGUGACGGACUGGCUCGCUCAGAUCGGUGGUGUGUCGUCUGCAUUGGCUGGCCUAGACAUGAGCAUGCCGGGAGAUGGCAGCAUCCCACUGCUUGGGGAUAGUUACUGGGGUUCGGAGCUCUCUCGAUCCAUUCUCAACGGCACUGUCCCAGUCGAGCGUUUGAACGAUAUGGUCACCCGCAUCGUUGCGACAUGGUAUCAAAUGGGUCAAGACGAGGACUAUCCUCUCCCCAACUUCUCCAGCAACACUCUCGAUGAGACCGGGCCUCUUUAUCCUGGCGCUCUCUUCUCCCCCAGCGGCGUGGUCAAUCAAUAUGUCAACGUUCAGGGCAACCACAACAUCACCGCUCAUGCCAUUGCUCGCGACGCCAUCACCCUUCUCAAGAACGAAAAUAAUACUCUCCCUUUGUCGACAACCGACUCACUAAAGGUCUUUGGCACUGACGCCGGCCCCAACUCCAACGGGCUCAAUUCGUGCACCGACCAAGGCUGCGACAACGGCGUCCUCACCAUGGGCUGGGGCAGUGGCACGUCUCGUCUCCCAUAUCUUGUAACCCCCCAACAAGCUAUCGCCAAUCUCUCUUCCUCCGCAGAAUUCUACAUCACCGACUCGUUCCCCUCCAACCUCAACCCCAAUGCGUCUGACAUCGCGCUGGUAUUCAUCAACGCCGACUCCGGCGAAAACUACAUCACCGUCGAAAACAACCCCGGUGACCGCACCACCGCCGACCUCUACGCCUGGCACAACGGCGACGAUCUCGUCAAAGCCGCAGCGGACGUCUUCUCCACCGUCAUCGUGAUUGUCCACACCGUCGGCCCUAUUCUCCUCGAGAAUUGGAUUGAUUUGGACUCCGUCAAAGCCGUCCUCAUCGCCCAUCUCCCCGGUCAAGAAGCAGGCUACUCCCUAACUGACAUCCUCUUCGGCUCAUCCUCCCCAAGCGGCCACCUCCCCUACACCAUCCCCUACAAAGAAUCCGACUACCCAUCCAGCGUCGGCCUCCUCGACCAAGCCUUCGGACAAAUCCAAGACGAUUUCACUGAGGGCUUGUACAUCGACUACCGCCACUUCCUCAAAGCCAACAUCACCCCACGCUACCCGUUUGGUCACGGCCUCUCCUACACCACCUUCACCUACACCACGCCAUCUCUCACCACCGUCACCGACCUCGACACGGCCUACCCCCCAGCUCGCCCCUCCAAAGGCCCAACCCCAUCGUACAGCACCGCCAUCCCAAACCCAUCCGAGGUCGCCUGGCCAUCCUCCUUCUCUCGUAUCUGGCGCUACUUGUACCCAUAUCUCGACAACCCGCAAUCUGUCACCAACUCCUCUUCAUCCUCAUACCCCUAUCCAUCCGGCUACUCCACCACUCCGAAACCUGCACCCCGAGCUGGUGGUGGCGCCGGUGGGAAUCCCGCCCUGUGGGAUGUUGCCUUCGCGGUGGACGUAACUAUCACAAACAGUGGGAACGUUAGUGGUCGCGCUGUGGCCCAGCUGUACGUGGAAUUACCGACGGAUGCACUGGGGGUAGAUGCGCCGUCGCGGCAGCUGAGACAGUUUAGAAAACGGGGAUCCUGGAGCCCGGGGAGAGUCAAACGGUGGUGCUGA